CUAGUUGGAACUCGGCAUGUGGCUGCUGCUGUGCUGAGAGGAAGGCAAUAUUUUUGCAGGCUUUAUAUGUAUGUAUAUAUGAGAAAAGUUCCUGACGUAAAAGACCCCACUGACAUCUCCAUGCUGUCCAUUGACAUGGAAAACAAGGAAAAUGGAUCUCUGGACAAAGAAAACUUGGUAGAGAAUGGAAGACCUCCUGAUCCAGCUGACUGGGCAGUUACAGAUGUGGUGAAUUAUUUCAGAACAGUGGGCUUUGAAGAACAAGCAAAUGCUUUUCAAGAACAGGAAAUUGAUGGGAAGUCUUUACUGUUGAUGACAAGGAAUGAUGUACUCACUGGACUUUCAUUAAAAUUGGGGCCUGCACUGAAGAUCUAUGAAUAUCAUGUAAAGCCUCUACAGACACAGCAUCUGAAGAACAGUUCACUAUAGUGGAUUUUCAAACUGGACCGUCUUUUUUUCCUGCUCUUCAAAAUAAACAAGCAGCAUUGGUUUUUGGCACUGGAACUUUAUUAAAAGCAAAACAACAACAACACAAAACCUGUAUGUGUGCAUAAUGAAAUUAAACCAAAUGGCACUGAAAUAAAUAUAUAUUUAUAUUUAUACAUAUCCUAUUGGAUAACUUUAGCAAUAUGCUGUUUAAUAAAUGAACUGGUAGGGUGUAGAAUUUCUCAUUAUUCAAGCAAAAGAUCAGUUCAGUAUGCUUCUUUUUAGUAACUCUGUGGAGUCACAAAAUUGUAACUGAAAACAGAAAUAUUUAAAAUGGAUACACUUGAUUUUUUUAAACUAUUGCUUAAAACAGAAGGAUGACACCUCUGUUGUUGCACAAGGCCCACUAAAGCGCGGUUAUAUCUUUGCACAGAUCCCUUUUAUUUCAAAUGAAUUGUUCCUAAUUUGGAAAGAAAAUAGGGAAAGUGUUACAAGACCAAGAGACACUUCUAGAAGUUCUGUAAAAAUCACAAUUCUUUCAUAACAUUAGCAGCAAGUUUUGAAUUUGCCAAAAUAACUUUUUUUCCAGAGGGAGCACCUAUUUUUAUCUUACUAAUGUUUGUUCAAGACUAAUGUUUUAAAGUUGUGCAGCCAAUUUCCUUGAACCUUUUGGGGAGGGCAAAAGCUACAUACAGAGGUUGUAAAGGUUUUUUUCGUAAGUUUUUGUUGAUCUUGAAAGGGUGUUCUGUGAAGGAGAAUUUAGAGAAUGUUUGUACUGCUUUGUGAAACAAAAUUCAUGUUUUAAUUUAUAACUUAUUUGCUAAACGUUUUGUUACAGUUGUGUAAAAAAUGUAAAUUCCUGCAUAUUUUUACAUACUGCAUUUUGUUGUGUGGUAAAGAAUUAUAUUAAUAUGUAAUUUGAUUCAUGAGCCAAAUAUCUAUUUCUGGAAAGCUAAAGAAUGCUAUCUUACAACUGUGAAUCCCUGCUAAGGGAAGACCUGUAGUUUCAAUCUGUUUCAACCAAUUCUUGAUUUUAAUUGCAGAUAUUUUGCAUCAACAAAGAUAUUACCUAUUGUUCUGAUUCAGUUUGUUUUUUGACUUUUUCUUGUGAAGAGUCUUGUCUUUUACUGAGUGUCUUUCAUGUUAAUAAUAGACUCAACUGAGCUGAUAGGACUUCUGUUCUUUUAAGAACACAUGCAAAAAUUUAUUUCCACUUAUGAGAAUGUUUUACUUUGGGAAAUCUAGAAAAGAUAACUUUAAGAAAAAGCGGAAAUUAUAAAUACAAUCUCCAGGCCUGUCUCUUUCAUUGACUUUAUUUCGUAGUUAUUCCAUCCUUUUUGGUUUUUGAUCGCCAAGAAGAUUAAUAAUCCACUCCUUGCUAGCCAUCAAAAGUUUAGUUUUAUUCUGAUCCUGGUUAAAUUUAUUAUGAGAAACAGUAUUUUUGAACUACCUGAAGUUACCUUUUAGUUUUUUGAGCUACCUGAAAAUAUCGGAGCUUGUCUAGAACACACAGAUACUACUAAUAAUAUACAGAAUCAGUUCAAAAGGUAAGCAAUUUAUCUUAUUGACAUGGCCAUAUAACACUGCAAGUUGUAGAUUUUUGAAUACUCAACAGCAUGUGACAUUCACAUAUUUUGCUAAAUUUUAGACCUAUGUAUUUUGUGUUAGAUGGCUUUUUUUCCCCUCCAAGCUAGAGAGGCAUAAAAUGUGAGGUCAUUUCUAAAUCAAUAAAAAUGCACCAUUUAGAAUUAUGUCCCCAUGUGAGAAUGUAAAAACUUUCUGUCUAAUCUCUGCAAAUUUCUUUCAUGGUGAAAUUGUCUUACAGUAUUGGUGAAUAGCAAUUUGUGACAACAAUUGUAAUUAUCUCAGCCUUUUAUCUUUACUUCAGCAGAUUUUUAAAAGGGAAAUAUCAGCCUUUGGCUCUAAGUGCCACUUUUCAAAGAUAAAGGCUUGAGAUAUCAUGAGAAAUGCAAGAAGAAAUUAUAGGUUAAACAUGAUUCUUACGCAUUAAUUGAAUGUACUGCUUAAGUGCAAUGUUAUCCCUGAAUUACUUUUUAUUUUUACAUGUAACUGCUGGCUUGAUGGAAUAUUUCAGCAACUUACGAUAAAAAUUGAGUGUUAUUUGAGCACAUCAGGCACAGUUCCUCACCAAAGCUUAAGAGAUGACAUAACAAACUCUGCUUUAAAUAAAAUUAAAGACUCAUUGGACAAGAAUGUUUCAAGUUCUAUCAUGUUAUAAAGAUAUCAAAGGAAAGUUGCUAACAACUCAGUCUAAAUUCUAUUGAAUUCAAUCUAAUUUAUAUCCAUGUAAUAGCUAAGGAAAGCAAUUUGGCAGCAGAGAGCAAUCUGCUUGCUCCAUUAUCAGCUGUGAGGAGUGAAAAUUAUCCCUGCUAAUGCCACAAAACAAGAAUAUGUGGAAAAUCUGUCCUAGGAUGCCCAGUGAGGUUUGCCAUGGGGUGGCAGAUCACUUGCACACUAUUGAAGCACAACAAGGAUACACUGGAGAAUUCCUUGUAAGAAAAGAGAGAAAAGUUAAUGGGAACUGGGGUUGAGGGGGAAGUGUUGAAAAAAGAGAGAAGAAAAGAAGAUGAGCAGACUGUAG